CCAGAACCUAAAUCAUUUUUCUUUAUCUGAUAAAUCAAUCAGCAGGAGAAAGAGAGAGACAGAGAGAGGCCGCCUUUAUAUCUGAGGCCACAGGUGAGAUGGAUCUCCCCAACGAGGUGGGAGGGAAGGGAGGAGCACAGAGAAACCAGCAAAAACAACAUGGCCAAAGGCCAUCACAAUGGAUGAUGGAUAAGUAUUACAAUAUAUUCUCAGCACAGAGGACAACAAUAACCUGCACCAAAUUCCAGACUUUUAUUUAUAACUAAUGUUAAAUGCUCUUUCUAAAUAGAAUCAGCACCUACAGUAGUUGGUGUUACAGGUCUGUCCUGUUGUUUAAAGCUUAUUGUCAGUUUGAUUAUUUAGGGAAGGUUUAUCUGACUUUUUUAUAUGCAAAUUAUUAAUAUAAAAUAAUAGACUACUACACAUUUGAUAUGAUCUCGUGGGCCAAAUAUAAUUACACUCCGGGACAGAUUUGGCCCCCGGGCCUAAGUUUGACACGUAUGUUUUAUAGUGUUGUUCAGACUUCAACGGUGUUUGGUUUUGACCUUUUAGAUCCAGCAGAUGGUGCCCUUCAGACACUAACUUGUUAAAAGGCAUAGACAGAGAAAAGAGAAAAACACUAAGUAGAAAUAUUUUAUUUCCAAAAGAACAAUCCAACAUCAUUCAUUUUAUCAUCAUUUCAUUUAAAAGUGUGUUAUAAUUGCUUAAAAAAACAGUCAGAAAUAAAAACGUUAAACUUUAGUGCUAACCCAUCGAUCUUUCCUCGAAUCCACGUCUGCGCACAGCCCUAGCACACAUCAUCACCAUCAUCAUCACCGCCACCUUCAUCAUCAUCAUCACAUUGAUCCCCGAAGAGGAGCAGGGAGAGGAGAGCAGCAGCUCCGCAAUAUGGCUAAAGAAGCAGCAGGUAUGACAGAGGAGACCGAGUACAUGAUAGACAGACAGGUGAGCAAAGAAGCGGACACCGCGGCGGAAUCAUCCGGCGAUGCCAAGGAGAUGCGGGCGGUGAUUCUGUCAGGUUUCGGAGGUUUGAACAAACUCAGGGUGAGCAGGAAGCCGAUGCCUGAGCCACAGGAGGGAGAAGUAAAGAUCCGCGUCAAAGCCUGUGGCUUGAAUUUCCUGGAUCUGAUGGUUCGUCAGGGGGCAAUCGAGAAUCUUCCAAAACCUCCUCUCGUGCCUGGAUUCGAAUGUUCAGGAAUCGUGGAAUCUGUGGGUGAAAACACAGAGGGGUUUGAGAUAGGCGACAGAGUCAUGGCUUUUGUCAAUUACAAUGCCUGGGCAGAGGUCGUCUGCACACCAGCAGUGUUGGUUCACAAGAUUCCAGAUGAAAUGACUUUUGCAGAGGCUGCAGCGUUCUCCCUGAACUUCGUGGCUGCCUACAUGAUGCUCUUUGAGGUCGCCAAUUUGCGAGACGGCAUGUCAGUGUUAGUGCACUCAGCAGGAGGUGGUGUAGGUCAGGCUGUAGCUCAGCUGUGCUCCACUGUUCCCAACGUCACAGUGUUUGGAAUCGCCUCCUGCUUCAAACACACGGCCAUCAGAGACUCGGUGACUCAUCUGUUCGACAGAAAUGCUGAUUAUACACAGGAAGUCAAACGAAUUUGUCCAGAGGGAGUGGACAUACUGCUGGACUGUCUGUCUGGGGAGAACACAGGAAAAGGUCUGAGUUUGCUGAAGCCACUGGGGACGUACAUCCUGUACGGCGCCUCAAACACGGUCACGGGGGAAACAAAGAGCUUCUUCAGCUUUGCAAAAUCAUGGUGGCAGGUGGAGAAGGUGAACCCCAUUAAACUGUAUGAAGAGAACAAAGUCAUAGCCGGGUUCUCGCUCCUGAACCUCCUCUUCAAACAAGGGAGGUGUAGCCUUGUGAAGUCAGUGAUGGACAAACUGUUGUGUCUGUACAAUCAGAAGAAGAUCAAGCCAGUGGUGGACUCCCUGUGGGCACUGGAGGAGGUCAAGGAGGCCAUGCAGAGAAUCCAUGACAGAGGCAACAUAGGAAAACUCAUUCUGGAUGUUGAGAAGACUCCCACACCUCUGAUGGCCAGCGACAGCACAGAGACCAGUGAAACCGGAGAAGAAGAAGAGGAGCCUGAGGGAGACAACGACAGUAAGGAGCGGAUGCCUUUCAUCCAUUAGAACUGACCUAUGCCUGUGCUGUACAGUGUGUGAUGUGAAUGCAUAUGUGCAUGGGCAUACUGUAUCUGUGCACAGUGUGUUUGUACACCUGUGUGUUAUUUUUAAGUCAAUGGGUUUACUUCUUUUUUUUUUUUUUUUUGGAGCAAAUGAAGAUAUGUGUCCUUCAGGCAACUAAUGCAAUGCAGUGUGUUCUCAGAAACAGUAGUAUUACAUUUGACCGUUGUCCAUUCCAGCUGCAGUUUUUUGAAUUAGCAGGAGAGUAAAAAUCUCGUAUCUUUUGUGCCACUUCAACAUCACUAUGUCAGAGAGUACAUUUUUUGAAGCCCCCCCGAUGUUUACAGUACAACACGCAGUAAGGACUAUAAAGGUAUAAACAUUAUAACAGCUACUAUUGUUAAUGCUGUAAUGUUUAUAACACGUUAGGCCAAAAAAAGCUACUUAAAAAAGCUGUGUACAGGCCAUGUGCCAACCUUGUUAUAUUAUGGGAUCACCAGUGCCUUUGAUAGAAUAUUUGGUCGCGGUCAGUAUAUUCAUGUAUACAUGAUGAAACUGUGAGAGUAUUUUUGAAGAGUCACUGCAUCAGUUUUCCAUGUCGCGUGACCAAAGUUGCUAUAAAAGCUGGUGCCUCACAACAAAAGUGCCAUAAAACAAAAACCCCAAGAUCAUUUUUUUUAGAGCACGACUGCUGUAUAACGAUUGAUUAAAGCGUCAAUGUUGUUCGAUUUUAUUACAAUAUGACAUUCUACGGUAUGAAUCUGUGAGCUGUUGGAUGAAUCAGUGGCUAAAUUUAAAACAUUCAUCCAUGUUUUGUUUUGUUUUUUGUUUUGUUUUGUUUGUUUUUUGCUUUUUGAGUAGCAGGAAAUAAAAAAUAAAGGAAAUAUUUGCAUGUAAAAAUGGACAUUUACAUUAUAGCUCAAUUAAGAAAUAGUUUUAUUAGAUCAUUGUCUAUAUUAAGGAUAUUUGUUCUUAAACGUGUCAAACUGUGAGAUACAGUAGGGGUGUGUGAUAACACUGUGGGAAGGUAAGUGACCUUGAAAGAGUUCUGCAUUCUUUGACUGCUGUUUCUGGUUUAUCAUGUCCUUAAAUUAGCUCAAAAGUAUCACCUGACCAGUAUUUAUCUAUAGAGGAUUUAUAGUGAUCAUGUAGUCAGCCAACUUGGUAAAAGCAGUAUCAGUCCUCGAUCUGUCUUUGGAUAUUUAGAUGUUGCUCUUUGUUAAGAUACAAGUCGGAUUAAUUAGUUAUUGGUCUCAGAGUUUGAUGAAACACAUCUCUGAUCAGAAAUGUUAUUUUCAAUGAUUAGAAAAAGUUUAUAUUACAAAUAUUAUCAAGUGUAUGUGUUUUUGUGUGGUCAUAUUUCACAUGUGAGCUUUGUUUAAGUACAGCUUUGUUAUACUUGAAUACAUCUAUUUGCAAAGUAUUCUCUCCAAUGUUUUGUAUUAAGUCUUGCAAGUUUAUUUUGUGUAUUAAAGGCAUCAUUGAAUGUUGUUAAAAGCAUUCCCUUUGCUCUUCAAAAGACGCGUUGCUGUCGCCAGGGGGGUUAACUUUAUUUGUUUCUAUAUAAUUUCUCAGUUGGGCAGCAGAUGGCAGCAAAGUUUAGGGUAUUUAUUAUAUACCAGGGGUCACCAAUCUUUUUGAAACUGAGAGCUACUACACUUAAUAAUACGAAGAGCUUCUUGUUUGAUACAGACUUUCGAACAAUGUAAUAAUAACUAGUUCUGGGACAUACA